UAUUUUAUUUUGUCUGAAAAUUAAAGAAAAAGGGUGUAAACAUAUACAUAUAUGUAUGUAACUUUGGGUAAAAGUUUAGAGCGUCUUAAUAAAACCUAGAACAGCUUUCCUCUCCUUGUGUUCCAGCAGCAUCCACCAUGGAUAUUGAGGCCGCAUUACAGGUUGAUUCCGCAGAAGAAAACAAUAGAGUUGGAGUUGUCGUUCCGGCAGGUCAGAACACGGAUGGAGUUGAGAUAUUGGAUAUAAUGGAACAAGAACUGAAAGAUGAGGUUCAAGAAUCAACGCCAAUCCCUGAUGUGCAACAAGUCAAGCCUGAGUUCGUUGCCCACCUACAAAUCGUUGAUCUGCCUGCCAAUGUGAUUUUUAUAGCUGGUUACAAGGCUAUUCUUCACAUUCAUUCAGCUGUUGAGGAAUGUGAGAUAAUUGAAUUGAUAAGCCAAAUUGACUUGAAGACGAGGAAACCCAUGAAAACAAAAAAAAUUAUGCAUGUGUCCAAGAAUGGUACUGCUGUGGUCUGCCGUAUACAGGUUAGCAAUUCAAUCCGUGUUGAAAAUUUCUCAGAUUUUCUGCAGUUUGGAAAAUUCACUCUACGAACUCAAGCUACAGGGAAAACAAUUGCUGUUGGAAUAGUGACUGAGUUCACAUGUGCUUCCUCAAGCGCUUGAUCCCAAUCUUGCAGAGGAAAAAGGAGACGGCUUUCGAGUUGCACCAAGGAGUCUGAGUUCCCUAAACUCAAAUCUUAGUUUCAUCUCGAUGGUUAGGUUUGAGAGUUACUGCUACAGAGAGGUGUCACCUGAGACCGUUUUCUGAUAAUUUAAAAGCUAGAAAGAGUAUUAUGAUGAACAUGAGAUGAGAGUUUUUUUUACUUUAAAGCUAAAUUUUACAAUUAAACUAUUGUUAUUACCCUUUUAGCUGCUGAGUGUCUGUCGGCUUUUUGGAGUUUGCUAUUUAAAUAGUUGAGAAACACACAAUUUGUUCCUUAAUGCUC